AUUGAUUUAAUCAAUUGUUUGUUAAAAUUUAUACUACCUCUUUGUUAUAGAAGUUGUGAUUUCUAAAUUGAGAGUACAUUGAUAUUUCUUUGAAGAAGAAGAAGAUGUUGCAGACACAGUCCUACACCAUUACUACAAAACCAUUCUCAGUCUCAAACCACUCUUUCACCACUCCAAUUAAAUCAAUUCCUUUAAGGCAUGCGGGCCCCACCUUCUCCAUCUCUCUUCCACAAUUCUCUGUCACGUGUCACCACCCACAACUCUUCCAACAAAAACCAUUCCCUCCACCACCUCAACGCCCUCAACCUCCUUCAGUGGGAGAAUUGACACCAAGGGUUUUUGUUGGUCACUCAGUUUACAAAGGGAAAGCUGUUCUCACGGUGUCUCCUAGAGCUCCGGAAUUCACUUCAAUGGAAUCAGGGUCAUUCAAGAUAUCUAGAGAAGGUUGUAUGCUUCUACAGUUUGCUCCUGCUGUCGGUGUUCACCAAUAUGAUUGGAACAGAAAGCAGGUAUUUUCACUAUCAGUCAAUGAAAUGGGAUCUCUAAUUAGCCUUGGUGCAAAAGACUCUUGUGAAAUUUUUCACGACCCUUUUAUUGGAAAAGGUGAUGAAGGUAAAGUGAGAAAAGUUUUGAAGGUGGAGCCACUUCAAGACGGUUCUGGUCACAUGUUUAACCUAAGUGUUCAAAACAAGAUCGAGAACAUAAACGAAAGCAUCUUCAUCCCUGUCACAAAGGCCGAGCUUGCAGUUUUCAAUUCACUUUUCCAUUUUAUCAUGCCAUGCCUUUUAGGUUGGAAUGCCUUUGGUAGCUCCAUAAAACCAGAAGUAUAUACUGCAAACCCAAAACAUGAAGACUAUGAAUGGAACAGAUAGGGUCAUUUCUGCAAUAUUCCAAAUAAGAAUAUAUAGGAAGUUACAUUAUGAUCUUCUCAUCUUGGAAAUGUGUUAAAUUAAAUUAAUUUAAAUAACUUCAUUCUAUUAGCUUAGAACAAAUUUUUAGUUCCAUUGUUUAUUUAUUCACUUUUAAAAAAUAAAUUAUAUACUCCUUUUCAAA